GCGGGGAGGGAGGCGGUGGCGGGGCCGGUCCCGCCAUGGACCGCAGGAAGAAACCGCUGGACGUGGCCGCGUCCUCGUUGGUGGAUCUCAAAGCUGAACUUUUCCGAAAGCAAGAGGAGUUCAAGAAAGAAAAGCUGUUGAAAGAUGCUGGUGUCUUUGCAAAGCCCAGAACCUCUAAUAAGAAACCCAGUAUCUGGACCAAGCAGAACACGGGAGUUGUAAAUCGAGCUGCGAAGGACGUUGAGCAGAAGGCAGAAGAGCAGGAUAUAUUGGAUAAAUCAAGGAAGAAGCUUGAAGAGAAAGCAAAGCUGUAUGAGAAAAUGACAAAAGGAGACUUCCCAGAUGAAGAAACUGAGGAUUUGUACCUGGUGGAUUUCACUCAGAAGAUCAUAGACAAACAGCACGAAGUACAGGAGCUGCAGCAGAGUGAAGCUGCUGGGAGGACUUCAGAAAGAGACACAGAUGAGGAGGAAACUCAGCCUGAAGCAGACAUUCCACCACCAGAGGACCCGGAUGAGGAAUGGGUUGAUUAUGUUGAUUUCUUGGGCCGAUCUAGACGCUGCAUGAAGAAGGAUUUACCAAGUCUACUUAAAAUGGAUCAGGAACUUCAAGGGAAAAGACAAGAACCUGAUGGGAAUACUCUGUUAUCUGAAGACAUGAGAAGAGAACUUCAGAGGCAGCAGUGGGAAAAGGAAGAGGAAGAAGCACUCAGAAAACCCAUGGGACCCAUACAUUAUGAGGACAUCCGAGAAAAUGAGGCCAGGCAGCUCGGUGUUGGUUACUUUGCCUUUUCUCGGGACCAAGAGCUCAGGCAUAAACAACGGGCAACUCUGGAUAUGCUGAGGGAGCAGACACUUGAUCAGAGAAAUAAACGUGAGCAGCUGAAGGAGAAGAGGAAAGCAGCUCUAGAUGCAAGGCUGUCCAAACUCCGAGCACGGAAGAUUAAAAAGUUAAGGGAAGCUGGAUUAGAGGAAGAGGCAGAAAAACUGGAGAAUGGAGAGGUGAAAGGUGCUGCUGAGGAACCAGAACCUCCAAGAGUUACUGCAGCAAGUAGGAAGGUGGAGGUCAUCAUCCAGGAGAGGAGAGACACAAAGCCUGGAGUGCCUUAUGUCCGAGAGUGGGAUAAAGGCAAAGAACUGAUGUUUGGACAAUGGGAAAAGAAACAGGAAGAGCUUAGAGAUGAGCGAGACCCAGAAUUUGCACCACCUUCUGAUUACUUUUUGGGACAAAAGAAAGAUGAUUAUCUCCGAAGUCGGAAUUUGAACAGUUCUGAAACCUCCUCUGAAAAACUGGAAACAGAGAGAGCACAAAACCCACAGAGGCCAUCGGUGCCAGGGGGCAGUGGCAGCAGCACUGGAGAUGUGCCACCAUCACCACAGCCUUCCAACAGCAGCGUUCCAGUUCGGCCAGGCUCAGCAGAGCCCAGUGGCCGUGACACUCAGGGCGUGUCAUCAGCAGAGGAUGACAGCAGCGAUGACGAGGACGUGCCACCACCAGCACAGGCUUACGGCUUCAGUGCCCGAGGUGUGCCACCCCCACUGCGGGGUUACGGCUACAGCGCCCGGGCUGUGCCACCCCCCAUGCCAGCCUACGGCUAUGGCACUGCCCAGGUGCCCUUCCCAGUGCAGGCCUAUGGCUAUGGAGCACCAGCAAUGGUGCCACCAAUGCAUGGGUACGGCUAUGGCACUCCCGAGGUGCCCUUUGCAAUGCAGGCCUAUGGCUAUGGCACCCAGGGUGUGCCCCCAGGAAUGCAGACCUGCAGCUGCAGUGCCCAGGGUGUGCCCCCAGGAAUGCAGACCUGCAGCUGCAGUGCCCAGGAUGUGCCACCAGGAAUGCAGACCUGCAGCUGCAUUGCCCAGGAUGUGCCACCAGGAACACAGGUCUGUGACCUCAGCAGCCAGGAUGUGCCACCAGGAAUACACACUUGUGGAUGCAGCAGCCAGGAUGUGCCACCAGGAACACACACCUGUGACUGCAGCAGCCAAGAGAUGCCACCAGGAACAGACACCUGUGACAGCAGCACCCAGGAUGUGCCACCAGGAACGGAGGACAGUGGCUGCAGCACUCAGGAUAUGGCACCUCCAGCUCAGACUGACAGCGGUGACACUCCAAAUCAGGAACCACUUUACCAAAGUUUAGAUGAUAUGCUCUCUUAUUACAGACAAGUGACUUGAGC